AUGUCUCAUUUCAUAGAGUCAUCUAGAGGUGGACGGGCGAGGAGUAGGCUUCAAGGUGCCCGUGGCAACUGCAUUGGCUCCGAGCACGGUGUCGUUCUAGAUCCAGUUGGUGAGCUCAGUGGGUUCCCGCUGAUACCUUGCGUGGAUUGCAGUCUUGCUCGGGUGGUGGAGGGGCGGACCAAGAAGGAUGGUGACAACCAUGGUCGACUCUACUUCAAGUGUGCUAGGAAUGGGGAGUACUUCCAGCAGUUGAAGGAUCGUGGCAUCAUAAUUGUUCACCCUUCAAAUUGGGCAGAGCUGCUAGAUGAAGAAGGUUCCAUGGACAGUCCAAAUAUUGACACCAAGAAGAAAAUCUUAGAGCAGAAGCUGGAGAUUUUGAAGUGGAAGAUGAACAUGUUUAUUGUGUGUGUUGUCUGUGUUGUCCUUGGAUGUGUUCUAAUGUAUGCUGUAAUAAAGUAA